GUCGGUGCAUGAAGCUCCUUCAUAGAUCGGAGCGGUUCUGCCCAGGUUGUACUCGCACGUUCCGGACCAGAAGGACGCCAACUAUCUGGACAACUAUCUGCACUUGACCCGAAUAACCGCCCAGCAUAUGGUGAGCCUGCUGCUGGACACUUCGGCUAACACGACCAGGUUCUUCGUGCCCCCCUUCAGGAUGGAAUUGCCAAAUAUGGUCAGCGUGUACAACACAGUUCAGCUCGGCCCGGACACCGUCGUGCCCCCAAUCGACAAGUCUUUCUCGCUUAAUUACGCCGUCAUCGGAAACAGCGUCGUAGAGCAGGUGAGCCAUUUGUUGCUGCGCGGUCCAGAGAUCUUCAACGAGACAGGCUACUAUGACAGGGUCUGGUCUUCCGGCCACAUCAAUGCGCUGAGGAGGCGGUACCAGUGUCUCCGGCGACUGCACGUAGAGCAGAGGUGGAACACCGGCGAUAUACCGAGGCGCGUCUUGGAGGCCGCUGUCACGGCUGAGAUUCUGUUCAAUGCUUACAAGAGUUUUCGCCAGAUGCCGCAAAAUGCGGCACACUUCCGCCACGAGGCGGAGCAGUUCGGCCUGACACCCGAACAGCUCUUCUUCGUGGGCCUCUGUAUAAAUUGGUAUCAGCGGAGCGCCGAGCAGCGCAGCCUGGCCGACCGCGUGUGCCGCUUCGCGCUGCCCACUCUGCGCGCCUUCGCCGACGCCUUCGGCUGCCCGAAGACGCCGUCAACCUCCACCUGGGACGAAUGCGGCCACUAG